AUGGAGGUUUCGGAUACAGACUUGAUCGGAAAUUCAGACGUUAAAGACGGAAAAACCUUCGAAAUCCCGGCUAUGGUGGAGAAGAAACCGCAGUUACUGCAGAGGGAGAGCACGAAAAGCACAGGGGCGUCGGCACAAGCGGGUCUGCCGUGUGAAGGUGACGAAUUGGAGAAACUUUAUGAAAGCAGAAAGACAACAGUGUCUCCUCCUGAUGUGGUUCAACCGGAGGAGUCGCCCCCUCCGCCGCCCGAUGUCUCCUGCCGCCCGCCGGACCCGCUGUACGUCAGACGGGCAGGACUCAGGUUCUGGUGCACCAAACGGAUCCUCGACUGGCAGAGACAGGCGCUGCGUGCACGGGAGGACCCGGAAGCAGUUCUGAAGCCUGUCCAAGAAUAUGGCGAAGAGUCUGCCUCGAAGAAUGCAGAAAUUCAAGCAGGAGUCAAUGGCUUUGACCUUGCAGACUUACAUGCAGGAUGUCUACCAGCAGAGCAAAAUGCUACUAAAAGGGCCGCACUUACUAAUCACACUGUUGACAAAAGGAAAGGAGAUUCGACCAGUCAACUGGACCAGCCACACUUCUCCACGCAUAUUAACAAGGAAUUCCAGACAACACAUGGCGACAGAAAACGUCCAAUAGGACCGAGAGAGCAUAAUGAGGACCGCAAAGAUCAUGAGGACGAUAGAGAACACGCACAUUACGAGAACGACAAAGAACACGGGCAUUACGAAAAUGAUGGAGAACACGGGCAUUACGAAAACGAUAGGGAACACGAGCAUUUCAAGGACGACGAAGAACACAAAUAUUACCAGUACGAUAAAAACCACGCACUUAACGAAAAUAAAGAACACGGGCAUUACGAAAAUGAUGGAGAACACGAACAUUAUGAAGAACACAAAUAUUACCAGUACGAUAGAAACCACGCACAUUACGAGAACGACAAAGAACACGCACUGUACGAGAACGACGAGGAACUGUCGAACUUAUCUACGCACGUUUAUGCCGAUUUGGACCCCGAUUUUCUGGCAGCACAAGAUGAGAUCAAAAACGCCACAGCUCAGCCAUUCUAUGAGAUGGACAUCACCCCUCCGGAUGAAGAACAAGAACAACCAUUUUACAAGAUGGAUGUCACCGCUGCCAACGACAAACAACAAGAACAACCCUUUUACGAGAUGAAUGUCGCUUCUAAUGAUGACAACAAUGAAGGAGUCUUCUACAAAAUGGACGGUGAUCAACUUGGCCAGCCGACUCCGUCAGAGAACGCGUACGAGGAUUUAGAUGCCGAUUUUAUCGCAGCACAAGACGUGGUGGACAGGAGACAUGGCGGCAAGGAACCGAGCAGGGCUGACAGCGACGGUCCGAGGUGCAGUCAGAACUGCCGUGCGUUCUGCAGGUCUCGUCCUGGGCGCAUGGUGGCGCUUUGUGUUGGUGUCAUCAUUGCUGGUAUUGCUGCAACUAUCGUCGCCGUAAUCCUCAACCGAGUACUGAGUUUUCACCCUAACGAAAACUCCGUGCUGAACCACACAUCACUUCCAACAACCUCCAUAACAUCUGCCCAUCUGCCUGUGACCUCCACAACAGCUGCACAUCUGCCUGCGACCUCCACAGCAUCUGCAUAUCUGCCUGUGACGUCACAAGCUACUUCUGAGACGACAGUUGAGACAGAUCGGUGGAGGGAGUGGACCCUCUACAUCAGAGCGUACUUCCAACAGAACAAUGACACCGCCGCGGGUUUGGAAGAAAGUUACCCGGACAACGAGAUUGUGAUGGCCCUGCUAGAAGACAGGUUAUUCUGGCCCAUUGUGUGUCGGUACUGGAAAAUUCACAAUAAACUCCCACACACCUUGGAUAAGGCCAUAGGCUACGCAAUAGAACACGGCAUUACAAGUAAGUUCAUGGAGUCACAUGGUCUAUCCGCAUAUAGCGAGGUCUUUUCUUCCAUUUUGAACGCGUUGGAGGCAGAGGCAAACAAGAUGGAAGGACUUCCGAAAAAUGGCAACAAGUUGCUGUCACUAAGCAGGCAUGUAUUGUUGGACACUGACGUUGAGGCCUUGGUCCAACUUUUCCCGUAUCUGAGAGGAAUUGCAGAGCUCUAUCUUGUCAACUGCAGAAUUUCUGCUGACGCAGCGACAGUACUGGCUGGACAGCUACACGUACUGGAUACGCUGACAGAUUUAGUUCUGAGGUAUAAUGAGAUAGGAGAUGAAGGGGUGGAAGCAAUUGCAGAGACCUUUCCUCACCUGAAACAGCUCCAGCAAUUGAACAUUGCCAAGAACUCAAUAACAAACGUAGGAGGACGAGCCGUGGCCAACAGGCUGGUUCACCUGCAACAGCUAAAGAAACUCUACUUGGAUGAAAACGAGCUGGCGCUCAGUCUCUCUGCGCUGGCAAAGGCGUUUGCGAACAUGACACAACUAGAGUAUGUCAGCAUGUGGCCCAUCACGUGCAGGGCCGCGUCUUUCCGCAUGGCGGCGCAACAGGUACGAGACGCUGUCCACACACUUGCAGGACAAAUGAGAAUGAGAAACAGUGCCUCUCAGCUUGUAUAUGAUGGCUCUAGUAAUAAACAAGGUAGUACACGGGGACUGGACACUACAUGGCAACAAGUUGAAACUAAACUAACAUCAGGAGUAGUCAUAUCGAACAGACAGUUGAAGAUAAACAUCAAGCUGUUGGUGCUUGGCUAA